AUGCGCCUUCCGUACUUCACCCCACCCCCGCGGGGUGAGUCCACCGGAGAUCCCGCAACAGACCAGACGAUCGCGGCGAUCGCGGCUCGACGCCAUCCUCGACCUUUGCAGGCACUCGACCUCGCGCUUCUCCAUUCCCCACCCUACGCCGCGGGCUGGAACGCAUUUAUCGGCGCCAUCCGGACGGAGAUGCUUCUGACCCCGGACAUACGCGAGAUCGUCAUCUGCGCGGUCGCAGCCGUAAAUGGCGCGCUGUACGAAUGGGACCAUCAUGCGCCGCUGGCGUCGGCCGCAGGCGUGAGCGACGAGGCGCUCGCAGGUAUCAAAGCCGGGAACGGCGUGGGUCUUUCGCCCAAGCAGCACGCGGCGUGGGCAUAUGCCGUCGAGAUGACGCGGGACGUGACGGUGAGCGACGAGACCUUCGCGCGGCUUCGGGAGCAUUGCAAGGACGAGCGGGAGAUCGUCGAGAUCACUGGGACGUGCGCCGGUUAUAAUGCGGUCAGCCGAUUCCUGGUGGCGCUUGACGUCGGGGAGAAAAACGGAGCCAAGGGGGAGUGA